AUGUACGUUUGUCCAUACUGUGGCGAGUUCACAGGGCAAAAGUUUGAUAGGUACCUGCGUCACAUCAAAUUUGUUCACAGUAACGAACCCAACUUUAAAAUCUCGUGCACAUACUGUGGGCAAGGUUUCACAAGGUUUUCAUCCUUCAAGUCUCACUUGGACAGAAAACACAAGCAACAAUGUGCACAAGAUCACUCGCUUGAUGAAGGAAAUGACGAUCCUGACCAUGGUAUUAUUGAUGUCCCUAUUGAAGAUGAGGAUCAAGCUGAUGAAGAUGAUGACGAUAUUGACCAAGAUACCGAUAUUGAGAAAAUAACGAAGUUCAUUGCCUUAUUCGUUUUAAAAACGAAGGAGGUUAAUCUUGUAAGCCAACAAGCUAUUGACUCAAUGUUGGAUAACACAAAAACCUUGGUGGACCAUUGCCUUCAAACACUAGGCGGCGAAGUUAAGUUGUGCUUAGCCCAAAAUGGUUUGAACUGGGCCGAAAUUAAUGGUUUAAAAGAGGUAUUCGACAACCAAUCGAGCAUAUAUGAGACGGCUUUGGGUCCAGUGGCAAACGAGUAUUUGCAAGUGAAAUAUCUCGUGGAAAAACUCAAUUUUGUUGUAAGUUAAAAAAUCAAAAAUAGAUACGAAGUAUAAAAGGUAUAAUUAAUAUUUGUGUGGUUAUUAAUCUGUAUGCAUCAAUGUUGUAUUAUAUAGCAGCCACAAAGUAUUGUUCUAAGCCAAGAGGGACAUUAUGAAAUGAAAGAUGGCAAGAUGAAGUAUAUCCAAAGAAAGGAGACUUUUCAAUACAUUCCAAUCUUGGAAACACUGAAAGCACUCCUAAAUCAUCCUGAUAUUUUGACCGAGGUAUCUCUCACCACAGGUGUAACUUAACACUUGCCCGCUUGCCUGGGGCAAGUUAUUAUCAUGAGGGGCAAGUAAACGUUAUAUCUUGCUUGCCCAAUUUGGCAAGUUGCCUUGCCACAAAAAAUUGUCAUUGUCGGAUAAUUUUUUUAUAGUGCAUGUACUUGAUUAAAAUGUUGUUUAGUGUGGGCCAAAGCUAGAUCUGAGGCAAUAUAACAUAGCCAUAUAGAGUAGUGAGAGAAUGGGUUGACAUGUUGUCCCCUUAAUUUACAUGUAUAUCCCCCCACCUAGGUACCCCAGUGGCUAUUGUCUGGUGGCAAGUGAAUUUUAUUCGGGGCAACUAAUUUUCAUGACGAACUUGCCAUGAGGGCAAGUGGUCAAAAAAGUAAAGUUACAGCACUGCUCACUUUAGUAAACAUGUGCUUAUAUAUAUAUAUAUAUAUAUAUAUAUUUCAGGACUGCUAUUACUAACUCACUAACUCUCAGACUGUUAAACAGCGGGCAAUUCUUUUCAUCACAAGUAAUCCCUAUUGUCAGUGUGAAAGUAUUGCCCGGAAAAAUAUUGCCAGUGACUUAAUUUUGUUAACAAAUUAAUUAGUGUAGGCAAAUGUGUUAACCGUUAACAUGAAAGCUCUUUGACCAUCUUGUACCCUAUAGGGCCUGAGGAAUGAGAACACCUGAUAAUUUUACCUGCAAAAUGGAGUAGGUUAAAAACUAUCACCCUAACCAUAUGAUCUAAUUAUUUUUCAAGGCAUGCAAUUCUCAUACCAGCACUGAUGGUAAAAUUAGAGACUUCUGUGAUGGGGAAUAUUUUAAAAGUCAUCCGUUGUUUGGAGUAGUAGAAAAUGCUCUGAUCAUUCAUGGGUACUAUGAUGAAUUUCAAGUAACCAAUCCCUUGGGCUCAAGAACAAAGAUCCAUAAAUUAGGUAAUAAAAUAAAUUGCUUAUCAUUGCAUAAUAAUUUUUAUUAUUUACUUUGAUUCUGGAUAAACUCCAUAAAAGGCAUUUUCACAUUUUAGACGUGGGAUGUCUUCAUCACUAUAGUUUGAUUCCCCAGGGUCCUUGGCGGUAUCUGGGUCGCUGACCCAGACUUCAGUAUCUUCUCCACUGUCAUUAGUUUCCCCUACUACUUUUAAUUUUCUUCUUUUAACCUUUUUUUUCUACAUUUCUCAUCCAGAGAAAGAUUCAAAAGUUUUUUUCCACCUUCUUUAGCUUUCUCUUUCUCUUUCUUGAUUCCCUUUUAUUCGCACUUUGACCAUCACCCGUAUCAUAGCAGGCUCCUUGACUAGCUAGUUAAAAUCACAAUGUAUUAAGGUUAAAUAUACUUAAAAUACUCAUUAAUAAUUCAUAAACCUUGUGCCAAAUCAUGUCGGCCAUAAUAUGUCACGUGGAAUGACUGUAAAUCUGAUAAAACUCAUCUUCAUUAAUAGUAUUCUUUAUAUAAAUGUUCAUCCUAAUUAGUAUUCUUUUGUAGUCAUAUUUUAAGCUAUUCAAAACACUUGUUGUCGUGUUUUAUCAGGCAUAAAACACUCCUAGUCGUGUUUUAAAUAGUACUUGAACAAAAAAUAAGAGCCUUCCAUUUUAAAAUUCUAAUUUUUAUAUACCAUGUGCUUUGAUAUCAUGAAUAUUUAUAUAGUAUGCCUUUACUUUUAUUGAAAAAUGUCGCUGCUAAAAUGCAGUAAAUAUACUACAUACCUUUGUUUAACUGUUUGUUCAACUUAUCGUCCAUUAUAAGAUCCCAAAAAUAUCCAAAAUUAUGCUCUGAAUAAAGAUCUGAUACACACUAUAAACUCAGUGGAAAAUCACUAUUAAGACAAACAGCGAGACAAACACCGUCCACUUACAGGUAUAAGCCUGGGUACGAGAGUACAGCUUUCCUGGGAAACUAGGAAAUUAGAUUUCCGUGUAAAAAUUUUGUGAUAACUUUUAAUACAGCAUUAGUGCAUUACAGUAGAAGAUUAAAAACUGUUUGAUUUGAAAUUUGAAAAACGUUGAGUCUUUGAAGUCUGUCAUAAUUUACUGACAAAAAAGAAUUGGUUGUUUUUUCUCAUGUAUAUUUAUAUAUAAAAAAAAACACCUCAAAAAUUUCCUUAAAAAAUUUCCUUAAAAAUCCGAAUUUUCCUACAUUCCUCAAAGUCCUAAAAUAUUUUGUAUGCUAAAAUUCACAAAUUCUGAACUCUUUACAGCUGAAUCCAAAUUUGUGGUUUGUUAUUCCUUUUUGUAAUUAAUAUAGCCUUUUUAUAGUCUAGUAUUAUUGUGCCAUAGAUACUAAGAUAGUGUGUUCAUCAUGGUUGUGUGAUAGUAAAGAUGUUUUAUGUUUUAAUACAAGUAUUGUAUUGUAUAAUUGUACUGUAUUGUGUAUAGUUUUAUCUGAAACCUGGAAUGGAAUGUCUAGUUUAAUAACCUGGAAUGUCACAGUAAUUACUGUAUAUUUAAAAUGAUAUAAUAUAUCAUACUGUACUGUACUGUACAUAAUCAUAGGAUAAACAAUGGGAUCACUUUUUGUCAUGGCAAAUUGGCAACACAUUAUUUAUUAAUUAUUAUUAAUUUUAAACUAAUAAGAUUGUAAUAUUUUUGUGUUUAUAAGCAUUAUAGCCAUAAAUGAGUGUAAACUACUUGAUGUCCUUGACUAUUUCAGGUGCAUUUUACUUCAUACUUGGCAACAUAAGUGCAGAAUAUCGAUCUUGUGUGAAUUUAAUCAACCUGUUCACACUGUGCAAGGUUGAACUUCUGAAGAAGCAUGGAAUAGACAGAAUUCUACAACCAUUCAUGAAUGACAUUGGCACUCUUGAGUCGGUAUGUUACAAUUGCUGAAUGCGUGCAGUGUAUAGUCUUUUUAAAUGCAUCAGCAAUUAAGUUAGUUGAUUACAGAGAUAGAUUUUCAUAUUUUCAUUUGCUUCGGUAGAUAAAUAUCUGGGGGAGGCCCAGAAAGGCCAAGGAAAAUGUUUAACAAAACUUGUCUUUUCUAGGUCAUCUGAAAAGGGGGGUUCAACUAUUUGUGUGAAAUUGAACUCAAUUAAUUAAUAAUUGUGAUUCCUACUUUAACAUUAUUUCAGGAGACUGGUUUUGCAGUGAAAGUUGAUGGUUUCAACAAAACCUUUAGAGGAACUAUUGGACCUUUCUCCACUGAUAACCUUGGUGCCCAUAUGAUUGGAGGCUACAAAGAAAGCUUCAAUUGCCUUAGAAUUUGUUGUGUUUGUAUGGCAACAAAGAAUGAUAUACAAACAAGUGUGAGUAAAUUCAGUGCUCGACAAUACUAUAUAUCAGUAGAGUGUAAUAUAGUUUUUUCUCUUACCACAACGGUCUGUUUCAUCCGUGUAUAGGAAUCUUCAAGAUUUUGAGGUAAAAAUAUAGAGAGGAAUAUAGGAAUAGAAAAUAUACAGUAGGCUUCAUAUAGAGAGCAUAGGCGUAUGGGGCUGAUGCUUUCCAGGGGGCAGUUGAUUGCAACUCUGUGUUUCAUACUUGUCACAAAGCAAUUAUCAGGCAAAUUAGGUGCAUGAAAGUCAGAGUUGCAAUCAAUAAAUGUUUUUAACAAAAUAGUCUCUCUAUAAUAAACUUUUUUUUUAUUUAAUUGACAGUUCAGUGAAGAUGAGUUCCAACUAAGGACUAAAACAGCCCAUGAUCGACACUGUGAACUUGUCAGUGAAGAUGCAACAAUGUCAACAGCAUAUGGUGUUAAGCGAGCAUCUGCAUUGAACCAAUCUACGUUUUUUCAUGUUGUUGAUGGAGUAGACUUGGACAUCAUGCAUGACCAGCUGGAAGGUGUACUCCCUUUAGAGGUUAAGAUGCUUUUACAAAGAUAUGUUCAGGAAGAGAAAAUCCUCACCCUGGAUACUGUGAAUGAGAGGAUUAUCAACUUUGAAUAUGGAGUGGUUGAUAGAAAGGAUAGACCAAGUCCUCUGAAGCAGCAAGUCCUGAAUACUAACUCUGCAACAAUAAGCCAGACAGGUAACUUUGCUUGAACUCAGUAUGUCACAGAUAACUUUAUUAUAAUUUUGCUGUGUUGGCUGUUGGUGUCACUGUGUACUCAAAUGAAUAUAUGAUGUUUGUGAUGUUACUCUGAGCAUUGGCUAGUAUUCCAAAGGUCGUAGGUUCGAUUCCCACCAUGACCAGGCACAUUUUUCAAGCUUGCCCAGUGUGGAUAUACACUCAGAGUAACAUCACAAACAUCAAUAUGAUUGUAUUUCACAUAAUUAUCUGUUUGCAUGCAGCCAUUUUCCCCGGUUAAGGAGAGUUACAUGUUUCUUCCCUAUUACUGGGUUUUAUAAUAGUGAUAUAUAGAGUGAUAUAAUUUUGCCAUAAUUUUUGUUUGUAGCCACUCAAAUGUGGUGCUUGGCAAGAGUGCUUCCGUUGUUGAUUCGAGAUUUGAUUCCAGAGGAUGACAGUCACUGGCAAAAUGUUCUGCUCCUUUUACAAAUUGAAGAAAUCCUAUUUGCCCCAACUACAAGCCCAGAAUUAGCUGCCUACCUUGCUGUCCUGGUAGGAGAGUACCUAGAGAGCUUCAGCAAAUUAUAUGCAAGACCCAUCAUCCGAAAACAACAUUACAUGGUUCACUACCCCAGACAAAUUGUGAGGUAGGAUAAAAUGAUUUAGAUUAUUGUCAUUGAAAAUUUAAUGCUAAGCCUAAGGCUAUAAAUAAAAAAAAUACUUGGUUAGUGUCACAAAUUUUCAGAGGCGGGAGAGCGGGUUUUUUUUUAAUGUUUACUUUUUUUUUUAUUUUUAAUAGUAUUUUUGGGGGGUGGGGCCGGUUUUUCCACCAUAUCGGUGAUAUUUUUUGUACUCACUGAUGUUGCGAAGGCCGCCAUUUUGCUAUAAGAACCUUGUAUACCCAAGCCCACAUGCUCCUAUCGAUCAGUAUACAGUGCGAAGGUCUGAGCAUGAUAGCAUGUUAUAAGCUCUAAAACGAAAAGACUUACAUAAAAAAACCCAAACGCUAACCAAGUUUUUUUUAUUUGGCCUAAAUGUGUUGUGCAGUGAAAGUACAGUAUACCAGCAUAAAGAUAUUAUUUCUUUUCAGGAGAGGUCCAUUGGUCCGUAGCUGGGCAAUGCGCUUUGAGGAAAAGCACAGCUACUUCAAGAAAUUGGUGGAUAAACUAAAUAACUUUAAAAAUAUCGAUUACUCUCUGGCCAAGCGACACCAAGCUCUGCAAGCGUAUUUGCUACAAACCUCUGCUGGAACCCUUUUCAAUAAGGCUCUUAAAUAUGGUCCAGGUAUAAAUGCAGUAAAUAAAGUAUAUAGACAGUACAUAAACAGUAUAUAUAGGUGAACAUGAUUCCUUAUCACAUAUACAGACCACUGACAUGGGGUUGAUUUCUUUUGUGUUAAAAUUGCAUUAUUAAUGAGUUGUAUUAUAUACUGUAUAUAAUAAUUAUAUAGAUAUAUAUCUCAGUUUUUUUCCAGCAGUAAUGAUUACUAAUGUUGCUUUUAUCUCAUAUCUCUGUUAAAGGAGAGAGGGUUACCAUUGCUGAUGCAGGACUAGAGGAUGAACUUGAAGAUGUCACACCGACAUCCUUGGUGACCGUGUAUGUAUUAAUUAGAGAUUUUUAUAUGUGUUUCACUCUGGAAUUUUAACCAGAUAAUGUACAGUACAACUAUGUGCAUUGUAAUACAUGCAUAGGUACUCUAAUUGCAUAAACCCUGACAUGUCUUCAAAGGCUUAGCAGUAUUUCACGUCAAUGCACUAAGCUGCAGUGCACCUAUUGAGUGCUAAAUUCUGAUUGGCUUGCCACUGUAUUUUGAUUAAACAGCUUCUGAUUGGAUGCCUGUAAGCAGACCAUUUUUAACCCAUUGAGUGGCAGCAAAAUACUAAAAUAGGGGCUAUCACGUUGCAUGGCCACUUAAAGUGUUAAUGCAUACACAGCAUCCAAUCAGUUGCAGUUUAGGAUUCAUUAAAAUACAGCAGAAAGCCAAUCAGAAUUUAGUACUCAGAUUCAUGUACACAACAAGAAUGAGAACAUAAUAUCCUUGGCUAAUUCUCACACUGAUAUAACAAUGUUUUAACAGUCAGCAACACAGGCUACAGUGCGCCCAAAUGCCUCAAACUUUAUCCUCUGUCGAUGUAAUGUCAGACAAAUUUACUCAUCCAGAUGAGGAACCUAUCUACAAAUGUCUCAUGUUAAUUCAUUGAGUGGCAAAGGCCCCAGACAAUUUUAAUCCUUGCAGCUUAAUGUGUAUUUUAAUCCUUUAAUAAUUAAAGUAUAUUUUAUUUUCUGCAGGUGCAAAUGGGUGGUAGUGGGCGGUACAAGAUACAGUGUUGGUUGUGUCCUCAUCACAGCCUUGCACUAUGGAAUUCAUACUUUUGGACUGGUGAAAAAGAUCAUGGUCGAAACUGAAAAUGAAGUUGUUGUAUUCCAGUGCAAGAUUUUACAAGUGUUAAAACAUGAACAACACCUUAAUGCUCACCAAGUUUGCUUAAGUGAAGAAGUCAAAUACAUCAAGCAUGAAGAUCUCGUUGAUUUUCACCCACUGGGACUCCAUAAAGGAUUUGAAUGCAAUAGCACUAAGAGUUUUGUUGUCCUUCGCUAUCGGGUUGACUAUAUAUAG